CUCGAGUUUUUUUCAGAAAACGGCGGCUCGUUCGUAUUUUGUGUGCGGUUUCAAAUCGUCCGGUUCUUCCGCGGAUCCUGCUUAAAACGAAAUUCGUUCCUCGUUUCAUCUCGUGCUCCAUUAAAAUGGCUCUCAAUAAGCUCAGCCUCGAAAACGUCGACCUGAAGGGAAAGCGCGUCUUUAUGCGGGUCGAUUUUAACGUACCGAUCAAGGAGGGUAAAAUCACCAGCAACCAGCGGAUCGUGGCCGCUCUGGACAGUAUCAAGUUUGCCCUCGAGAAGGGUGCGAAAUCCGUAGUACUGGCCUCUCAUCUCGGCCGCCCCGACGGCAACAAGAACGCCAAGUACACGCUGGCCCCGGUGGCGGAUGAACUAAAGAAGCUGCUCGGCCGUGACGUAACGUUCCUGAACGAUUGCGUCGGGGCUGAGGUGGAGGCGGCCUGCAAGGAUCCGGCGGCCGGUUCGGUCAUCCUCCUCGAGAACGUGCGAUUCUACGUCGAGGAGGAAGGCAAGGGAGUCGACGCCAGCGGCAACAAGGUGAAGGCAGACAAAGAUAAGGUGAAAACAUUCCGGGAGAGUCUGGCCAAGCUGGGGGAUGUGUACGUGAACGACGCGUUCGGUACGGCGCACCGAGCCCACAGCUCGAUGAUGGGCGAAGGCUACGCUCAGCGAGCGGCCGGUUUGUUGUUGAAUAAGGAGUUGCGCUACUUCUCGCAGGCCCUAGAUAACCCACCGAAUCCUUUCCUGGCCAUCCUGGGCGGUGCCAAGGUAGCCGACAAGAUCCAACUGAUCGAGAACCUGUUGGAUAAGGUGAACGAAAUGAUUAUCGGUGGCGGUAUGGCGUUCACCUUCCUGAAGGUACUCAACAAUAUGGAGAUCGGUGGAUCGCUGUUCGACGCCGAGGGUGCCAAGAUUGUGCAGAAUCUGGUCGACAAGGCGAAGAAGAACAAUGUGCAGCUGCACUUGCCGGUCGAUUUUGUGACGGGCGAUAAGUUCGCAGAGGAUGCAGUUACCGGUGAGGCCACGGUUGCCGGCGGUAUCCCGGCCGGUCAUCUCGGACUCGACAUCGGACCGAAGACACGAGAAGCAUUCGCAGCGCCGAUCGCACGGGCCAAGAUCAUCGUCUGGAACGGCCCGCCCGGUGUGUUCGAGUUUCCGGCCUUCGCCAAUGGUACCAAGGCACUGAUGGAUGGAGUCGUGGCCGCGACCAAGGCCGGCACGGUGUCGAUUAUCGGUGGUGGCGAUACCGCUUCGUGCUGUGCCAAGUGGGGCACCGAGGCAUUGGUUUCGCACGUGUCCACCGGUGGUGGCGCAUCACUCGAGCUACUCGAGGGCAAGGUAUUGCCCGGUGUGGAUGCCCUCAGCAGUGCCUAAGGCACUGGGGGCUUUGCAUCAUCCGUUCACUUAUCAUAUAAAACUAUGUGUAAUGCUAGCGAGUGUACGUUACAGUGUGUUAUCGUUUUAACUAUCAACCACCGGCUGUUGCGUCGCAGCCAUUCAUCAGUCAUGUUAUUCUCCUUUGAGCGUACGGUGGUUAUCGUUCAACAAUAAAGUAUCUCAUCAAACAAACCGAACCAAACAU